GAAGGCUUUGUGACUCUUUGCGAUGUCCGAUAUCUUGAAAAAAUGAACGAGCUGUGGAGCUCGUCGCCGUGUGCUGAUGCUUCGGACGACUCGAUCCGAGAGGUGCCGGUCGCAUCGGUAGUGCCCCGCGCACUGGGGGUGCCAGCCAAGGUCAGACGCCGACUCACGGAGCUGCAGGGCGUGGCGCAAUUGGGAUUUGGGGGUUGUGGAGGCAUGUACAACUACUUCCUGGGUGUGGCGUCCGUCUUGCAGGAGGAAUACGACCUUCGAGAUGUGAUAUUCUCCGGCGUGUCGGCUGGAUGCUUCCCAGCAUUGAUACUGGCGCUGGGUAUGGAUGUCAAGGAGUUCUUCUUCAAAGAGAACGUCCCGUUGAUUGAGCAAGCGGCAGAAUGCUCCUAUGCUGGGCUGGGCAAAUGGAUCCCCAUGGUCAAGCGCAACAUGUUGAAUGUGCUGCCGUUGGACGCGUAUCAACACGCAGACAAGAAACUCUAUUUCUCAGUCACUGAGGUGCCUGCAUUGCGCAACCACCUCCUUACGACUUGGAUAAGCAAUGAAGAAAUGCUGGACUGCAUGCUGUGCUCAGCUCAUGUGCCACUCUACACGACGUCGCUGGCGGCAUCAUACCGCGGGAAGCGCUUCGUCGACGGUGGCUUGACUAACAACAAUCCAGUGCCCCACCCGGAUGCACCACACAAAAACUUCCAGAUCUGGAAGUGGCGCUGGUUUUCACCCACGUGGAUACUCGUGACAACAAACUCCGACUGGGCAGUCGAGUUAUUCCGUAUGGGUCGUGAGGAUGCUACCAAGAAUCUACACGAGGUAGAUGACGUGUUCUUCUAGACCCAGUAAACCGGUUAAUCGCUGAAAGGGAACAUAUCUCGUCCGAAACAAUACGUUCUGUCCGUUGUAGCUGAGAGACAAGUAAUUGACAAUAUCUAGAGCUCUAUCUAACGUGACGAUAAAGACGCCUUCACUAUGAAACAUGAGAAUGAGUUGCUCAGCAGCCAAACUGUACGAUAGCUCAACCGUUCCAGACUCAGGAAUCAUGCCGCAUAACAGAUCGUGUAAGGCGUGUAGUACACGGUUGGCCGCUGCAGCGUUCAUCCCCCCCUUCCCCACGAUCCACAUCGGCUCAAAUAGCCCAAGUGAGAGCGAUAUACCGAGCUGUGUACGUAAGUUGAUCGACGAUAUUGAAAAAGACAAGUGAGUACCAGCUUGCCAGACCUUAUCUUCUUUCUGCAGUUGAACGCAUCAGGUGCCACAUGCAUCACAUUGAGCGUGUCAAGCUUCGACA